AUGGCCACCGCCAGAACCCAAGACGACAUCACCAUCAUCCACCUCAGCGCCGCCGAACUAUCGACACAGAAACUCAGCUCACACAAUCUACAAGCGGGCGUCGAAGCCCUACACCGCGACGGAAUCCUCGUUCUCGACAACGCCGUCUGCACCACACACCUAGACAAACUCAACGCGCGCAUGGUGCCCGAAGCACAGGCACUCUACUCUAAGACCACCACGCACCGCAACUUUGGCUCGGCCACGGGCAAUAUCCAGCAAGAACCUGUUUUGGAACAGGGCUACAUAUUCGACGAUAUCAUAGCCAAUCCGUUUGCAGUCGCCGUGGUGGAAUGCAUGCUGGGACCCAAGCCAGCGCUGCGUUUCCAUAGUGCCAACACAGCCUUCAAAGCCACGGACCGCCAACCACCGCACAUCGAUAUCGAUUUUGAUUUCCCCGCGGUGCCGUUUGGAUUCUGCGUGAAUGUGAAUCUCGUAGAUUCCUCGCCGGAGAAUGGCGCGACGGAGGUGUGGCCAGGCACGCACACGUCGACGACGAACAAGGUGCUUGAGCAGGACAGGCUAGCAAUCAAGCAAGAUCUAAUCGAGGCUCGACGAAAAACCAGGCCACCGGUGCAGCCUUCUUUGCCCAAGGGUUCGUUGAUAAUCCGUGAUUUUCGGCUGUGGCAUGCUGGUAUGCCGAACCAUACAGAUGAUCCGAGGGUUAUGAUUGUCACGGUGCUGUUUCCGUCUUGGUACCGGAGUAAAUUGGAGAUUGUGUUGCCUCGGAGUAUCGAGGCUAAGGUAAAUUGGGGCUCGGUCGAUCCCAAGGUUAACUGGGUUCCUGAUGGAUAUGACUAUCUACAGGGAGCUCACGAUCACGAUUUUGUCUUGUUACCGUAG